UGACCUUUGACCCUGCAGGCUCCCCACGUGCUGUGUGAUGGAGGAGAGCAGCAGCAGAAACAUGAGGAGAGAGGAGGCGAAGAAAGUCCGACAGAAAACUGUAAAGAAGAGGAGCACAGAGGAGGAGGAAGAGGAGCAGGAUGAGAUCUUCAACUUCAACAAGAAACCUGCUGAGGAGGAGGAGGAGGAGGAGGAUGAAGAUCUGUCAGACAGUGAGGACAGCGUCUUUUCAGGACUGGAGGAUUCUGGGAGUGACAGUGAGGAUGAAGAAGAGGAAGGAUCUAAUGACAAAGAAGAUGGCGAUGAUGAAGGUCUGAAGACGGGGCCAGAGGAGAGUGAGCAGAUAGAGGAAGAGAAGGGAGGAGUGACCCACAAAAAGCAAGAAGACGAAUACGAACGUGACUCUUCAGAUGAAGAGGACAUAAGGAACACAGUGGGGAACAUUCCCAUGGAGUGGUACAGAGACUUCCCUCACAUUGGCUACGACCUGGACGGGAAGAAGAUCUACAAACCAAUCAGGAACAAGGACGAGCUUGACGAGUUCCUGGACAAAAUGGAGAACCCAGACUACUGGAGAACGGUCCACGAUAAGCAGACAGGAAGUGACAUUGUGCUGUCGGAUGAGCAGGUGGAGCUGGUGAACCGUCUGCAGAGAGGACAGUUCGGAGACGUCAACUUCAACGAGUACCAGCCCCAGGUGGAGUUCUUCAGUGGAGACCUGAUGGUCCACCCGGUCUCCAACAGACCGGCAGACAAGCGCAGUUUCAUCCCAUCCCUCAUUGAGAAGGAGAAGGUCUCCAAACUGGUCCACGCUAUAAAGAUGGGCUGGAUCAAACCGCGGCGGCAGGAUGACGACAGCAGGGGGCGGUACUACGACCUCUGGACCAAUGAGGACUCUUCCAUCCUCGCCAAACACAGGAUGCAUCUGCCCGCCCCAAAAAUCCCCCUACCCGGUCACCACGAGUCCUACAACCCCCCACCUGAGUACCUGUUCACUGACGAGGAGAGGGCUCUGUGGGAGCAGCAGGAUCUGUCAGACAGGAAGUUCCCAUUUGUUCCGCAGAGGUUCUCCAGCCUCCGUCAGGUUCCAGCGUUUCCUCGGUUCAUUCAUGAGAGGUUCGAGCGCUGUCUCGACCUUUACCUGUGCCCACGCCAGAGGAAGAUGAGGGUGAACGUGAAUCCAGAAGAUCUGAUUCCCAAACUUCCAAAACCCAAAGACCUGCAGCCCUUCCCAACAACACAGUCUUUGGUGUAUCGGGGUCACAGUGGUUUGGUUCGUUCCAUCAGUGUUUCUCCAUCAGGACAGUGGCUGGCCUCAGGAAGUGAUGACGGCUCUGUGAGGUUCUGGGAGGUGCGUUCGUCUCGCUGUAUGAAGACGGUUCAGGUGGGCGGAGCUGUGAGGAGUGUCGCCUGGAACCCAAACCCGUCUGUCUGCCUGCUGGCUGUCGCCCUGGACUCUGUCGUGCUGAUCCUGUCUCCCUCUCUGGCAGACAGACAGGUUGUCUCGUCGUCAGAGAGACUGUUGUCUGGUCAGCAGGAGGAGGAGCCUGCGGAGGGGGUGGGGCCUGUUACCUGGAGUGAGGGGGAGGGGGAGGAGCUUAACCAGGGGAUCCGGCUCAAAAUACAACAUCCCAAGGCCGUCCACCAGGUGGCAUGGCACGCUAAAGGAGACUACCUGGCGUCAGUGAUGCCAGAUCACUCGAGCCACCUGCAGGUGUUCAUCCACCAGGUGAGCCGGAGGCGGAGCCAGAACCCCUUCAGAAAGAACAAAGGUCUGGUUCAGUGUGUAUCCUUCCACCCUGUCAGGCCCUACUUCUUCGUGGCGACGCAGCGCUCCGUCAGGAUCUACAACCUGGUCAAGCAGGAAAUGACCAAAAAACUACAGGCCAACUCCAAGUGGAUCUCCAGCAUGGCUGUCCACCCCGGAGGUGAUCAUGUGGUCUGUGGGAGUUACGACUGCAGGUUGAGCUGGUUCGACCUCGACCUCUCAACCAAACCUUAUAAGAUGUUACGACACCAUAAGAAGGCUGUGAGGGGCGUGGCCUAUCACAGACUGUACCCGCUGUUCGCCUCGGCGUCUGACGACGGAUCGGUCAUCGUCUGUCACGGGACCGUUUACAACGACCUGCUGCAGAACCCGUUGAUUGUUCCAGUGAAAGUUCUCAGAGGUCAUGUGAUCACUCAUGACCUUGGCGUCCUGGAUGUGACCUUUCACCCCACGCAGCCCUGGAUCUUUUCCUCUGGAUCUGACGCCACCAUCCGCCUCUUCACCUAACGACCAGCCCGGCAACCGACCAGCCCGGCCACCAGCUCAACACCUCUGUACAUGGGUGAAGGUGGUCAUAUCAACAUACCUUUGGUAUCCUAGCAACCAACACCACGGUGGCUGCUUGGAUACCACCCUAACCCAGGACCAUGACCUCUGGGUACUCUGCAGUUGUCAUGUUUGACCUUUGACCUUGUAACCCUCUUUCUUAGUGUUUGUUUUUAAUUAAAGUGAAACUUUCAAUCUG